AUGAGGACCAAACCUAAUUUGACCUUUUCAAAACUGGAUAAGGAAACAGGAGAUGUAUUGGAUCGAAUGUUCGAGAAGGAAGAUUGUAUGGUCGAGAUUAAUCCUGGCCGUGUUAUACUACCAGCGGACUAUAUGACUAUAGGUCAAGAUAUAUUGGAUAUGGAUGUUUUGGAAAGCGAUGUUUGGAUGCUUUCCUAUCCGCGGACUGGUUCAACAUGGGCCCAGGAAAUGGUGUGGUUGAUUGGACACGAUUUGGACUACGAAGGCGCCAUGUCUUUACAACAGAUUCGGUGUCCGCUAGUGGAAUUAUCCUGUAUAAUGGUUGAUGGUCAUGCUCAAUGGCAUGAUGAGUCCGUCGGGGGAACUUCGGUCGAUCUUGUGAAGUACCGAGUGCCUCAUCCUCGGUACAUACGCAGCCAUUUACCCUGGGAUCUGCUGCCUGUUGAUAUAUUGAAUGCUGAUGGAACCGUCAAACCGAAGGUGAUUUAUACCUCUCGCAACCCUAAAGACAUGGUGGUAUCAUACUACCACUAUUGCUCAUUGGUGCACGGGAUGAAGGGGAGCUUUGAGGAGUUCUGCGACCUAUUCAUGAGAGAUCGAGCACCGUUCGGACCAGUUUGGAAUCAUAUACUUGGUUUCUGGAACAGACGUGACGAUCCGAACAUACUCUUCAUAAAGUUUGAAGAAAUGAAACGAGAUUUGCCAACAGUUGUCAGGAAGACGGCUAAGUUUCUAGAUAAAACUUUGAGCGACGAGGAAAUAUUCAAAUUAUGUGAUUAUCUGUCGUUUGCGAAUAUGAAAACUAACCGCGCAGUCAACUUGGAGGCCAUCUUGGAGAAAUCGUAUGGAAAACACUUUUUGGAGCAAACAUCGCUGAGAUUUAUCAGAAAGGGAGAGAUAGGGGAUUGGAAGAACUUCAUGUCUGAUGAUCUUUCUAGAAGAUUCGACGAUUGGGCCGAACAGAACCUCAAAGGCACUGAAUUGAGUUUCGAAUAA